UUUUUGGUCCUGGUAUAAAUGCGCAAUGUUUGUUAUUUAUCAAAAUUUUGUUAUUUAUUAGCAUUUAUUGGUCUUAAUGCUUGAAAAAUAAAAAAUAAUUAUUUGGUAUUAAGAACUUUACUUAAAAGUUUAGACUGAAGUGGUAUUAAACUUUACAGAAUCCUCUUUAGUUAAGAAGCAUGGGAUCAACAGGAAAUACUCACGAGAUCAAACAUUCCAUACCUACAGAUAUUCUUGACGAUUUAUGCAGCCGUUUCAUAAUCAACUUGCCUCCGGAGGACAGAGGCAAUCUAGUCCGGAUAUGUUUUCAAAUAGAACUGGCACAUUGGUUCUAUUUAGACUAUUAUUGUACUGAUGAAACAAAACGUCUCAAUCCAUGCGGUAUAAGGGAGUUUGCUGCACACAUUUUUCAGCAUGUGCCACAACUGCGAGAGCAUAUCAGCAGUUUGGAUGCAGUUCUGGACAACUGGCGGGAGUACAAGCAGACUGUGCCGACUUACGGUGCCAUCCUGCUGGAUACGGAAUUAACUCAUGUCCUGUUAGUGCAGUCAUAUUGGACUAAAGCCUCCUGGGGCUUCCCCAAAGGCAAAGUCAAUGAGGAUGAGGAACCUUGGAAGUGUGCCGCAAGGGAGGUGCUUGAAGAAACGGGAUUUGAUAUAAGUAAAUUAAUUAACAAGAAUGAUUACAUAGAAGCUAUGAUACAUGAUCAAAUAGUCCGCCUAUACAUAAUAGGUUAUAUACCAAGAGAUACAAAGUUCCAGCCUCGUACUAGGAAUGAAAUUAAGGCUUGUGAGUGGUUCCCGUUAGCAGAUCUACCAUCAAAUAGGAAAGAUAUGACGCCUAAAGUGAAAAUUGGUGUCGGACCCAAUGCCUUCUUCAUGGUAGUCCCUUUUGUGAAACGUAUGAGACGAUGGGUAGCAGAAAGAAGUACCAGAGUAUAUAAUAGUACUAGAAGAAUGAGACACAAGUCUAUGGGCGAAUUAGAAUCAGUAACGAACAAAAAUAAAAAGAUCUCAUCCGGUUUACAAAAUGAGAUCCAGGAAUAUCAGAAUGAACAUAAAUUUAAGAAUAACGGCCACAGUAAUCAUGGUAACCAAGGGAACAGCGCACAAAGAAAUGUUCAAGAGAAUGUGGGCAAUGCAAGUACCAGCAAACAUAAUGCAAGUAAUAAUUAUAGAAAAGAAAAGAAACAAGCUAAAAGGCAAUUGUUUACGCCUCAGAAUACUCAAGCGAACUUUUCACCAGUACAAAAAGACAAUUCUAAUGAUACUGAAGAUAAUUCGUUGUUGAACUUUGUGGCGCCAUCUUGGGCAAACUUCAAGUUUGACAGGCGCGCCAUAUUGGAUUGUCUGACUUGAAUGGAUUCUUUUUUCUUGGAUCUCUGACUGAUGUAGCAAUCUUAUGUGAUAGAAACUCGUUGGCUUUACUUUUUACACAAAAAAAAUCUUUAAAUACUUAAACUUUUAUUUACUUUAUGGA